AUGGCUCCUCCACUUCCAGCAGCGGAGCAGUAUUCUGUGUUCCUGGACCAAGCAGAUGCAGUCGCCCUGUCGUUGGAGACCAAUGCAGCGGCCUUCUCCAAAGCUCUGCAGAACACAAGGCGCCGGGAGCUCGCGGCAGCGCGAGCGGAGUCGCACCGCUGUCUGGGAGACUGGUCGGCACAGGCUGCAACGCAGGCCCAAAGCUGCUCCGAGCUGGAGACUGCCGCGGUUCAAGCGCGGAAGGCCGCCUUCCGCUGGGAUCAGCGCUUCAACCCGUUGAGCUCCGUGAAGGGGGAGGCACAGGGCGCGAAGGACAUGGAGGAGCUACUGAAGCAGCGCGGGCUGCAGCUGCAGAUCCGACUGCAUGGCUUGCAGCAGAGCCUGGCAGGCUUGAAGCAGAGCCUGGUGUCACUGGAUCUUCCGCCGCUGCUGAUGCGCACAGGCGAGCCGGAGCUGCUCAAUGGCGAGGUGCUCGGAUGCGUGACGGCUGCGGUUGGCCAGUGGGGGGGCAUCAGCUUCAGCAUGUCUGGCAUGAUGGAGGGCAGAUGUCAAGAGGAGCGUGCUUCAUUCGCGCAAGCCGGGCGCCUGCUCCAGCAAAGAGCCCAGCAACUUGGUGCCGACGCCGUGGUGGGCGUGCGCUGGCUGCAGUGUGACUGCUUCCAGGUCAAGGAGGAGAAGAGCGAGAACGGGCCGACGACGUUCCGGCGCGUGCAGCGGCACAAGACCUAUGAGGCGAUGCUCUGCGGCACGGCCGUGCGGAUACCAGAGAAGGUCUCGGAAGUCUCGGAAGUCUCGGAGUCGGCCCUGCCUUACACUGGGCCGGUGUUCGCCUCCACGGUCCGCGAGCCCCCGCACGGAACUCGCGUGGACGAGACACUGGGGAUCGUCCAAGGGGUGGGUGCUAAUGCGAACUGGAGCCUCACUCUGAACCCUACGGCAGCUUGCAAGCAGAUGGCCGACCGUGAGGCGGCAGCCCUGCAUCAAGCCCGUCAGCAGCUGCUCCAAGCAGCGGCAGCACUGGGCGCCAACGCGGUGCUCGGUGUGAAGCCGGAGGAGCCCAUGGAGUCCAUGUGUGUGCUCCGCGGCACUGCCGUUCGUUUGGCCACUGAGGCUGGCUCGAAUCUGCAGGUGGUGCCAGGCUGCUUUCCGCCCUCGACGCUGCAGACACCACCGGCCAACCUCCACGUGGCCGAAGUCAAAGGCCUCGUCGCCUGCGUUGCCGGCCGGCCACCCCAGUGGUUCACCUGGGAGGAUCCGUCUGACACGGAUGCGCAAGCAUUCGGCGAGGCUGUGCGUGGAUUGGCGCAGCAGGCGCAGGCCAUGGGGGCGAACGCCGUGCUGGGCGUGAAGUGGAUGCACGACAACAACCGGUUUGUUUCCCAAGCGGUGGGAACCGCAGUUGUGCUUGGCCAAGAGCCGCAGAGCAGGAUUUUUGCGGAACUCCCUCCACCUCGGGCGGCCGUCUGCUCCACGCUCAGGAAUCCUCCAGAGGGCUUCGCUGUUUCCUCGGUGCUAGGCAUCGUGGCGGCAGCGGCUUUGAGUCCCUUCCGAGACUACAGUCGCGGAGGCUAUUCAUGGAACAGCCAGAGGACAGCCAUGGGCGAGCUCGCAGCCUUGGAGCGGGCGACUGCCAAGCUUCAGGCAGCGGCCACUUCCCUGGGAGCAGAUGCGGUUCUUGGCCUCAAGAUCGAGGCCUUGAGCGUUUGGAAUUGCUCCCGCUUCAUGUGCGUGCUGAAGGGCACCGCAGUGCGCCUGUCACAGUUCCAGGAGGAGGUGCAUCCGAUCCCGUUCAACCAUUCGCGGGUGGAGGUGUCGGCGAUGCAAACUCCGGCCAAGCACUUGUGCGUGUCCUCGGUGCUGGGCCUGGUUUGCAGUGUCGGCUACAGGCAGUGGAGGUUUGGGGGCUUUGGUGUCCUGGCGAACAGGCGCAGGGAUGCGGAAAGUGAGCAGGAAACCUUCUCCGCCGCCGUCAACAGCUUGAUAGUACAGGCGCAGCAGAUGGGCGCCAAUGGGGUCAUGGGCAUCAAGUGGACCCAUGACGACGACCACCGGAGCAGCUGCCUCGUGGGCACCGCCGUCGUCCUGUCACAGAAGCCAGGAGUCCCGCCGCCCUCCAAUCUGGGCUCUGGCCGGCCUCCCUUCCUCUCCAACUCCCGGGCUCCACCGAAAGGCCUGGAGGUGGCGCACACGAUCGGCGUCUUCUCAGGAGCUGGGAUUAGCUCCCGUCUCGGUGCCUUCAGCACCCAGGCAGUUGCUUCGAUUGACGAGGAAGCACUUCAAGCGGCGCGCGCCUGCCUGGAGGCGCAAGCUGUGCAUGCUGGCUGCGACGCCGUCCUCGGCGUCAAGCUGGAAUCUCCGGAAACGGGCCUCGUGCUUCUUCGAGGGACUGGCGUCCAGUUGACGAAGACCAUGCCUUAA